CAGCAGGCAAGCCUGGCUAGCUAGUUCCCUCCCUCCAUCCUUUUCCUUGAUCUCCUCCUUCUUGGCUUCCAUUUUAGUUACCGCAAGGCAAACAUGAUCCUAGGCGGCGUCAGUAAGGCUGCCGGCUCCGUCGUCGGCGGCAUUGGUAGCACUGUGGGCUCCGUCGUAGGCGGCAUCGGUGACACCGUGGGCUCUAUCAUCGGCGGGGCGCAGGGCAAUGUCAAGGGUACGGUGGUUUUGAUGAAAAAGAAUGUCCUCGACUUCACCGACUUUGGCGCCACCCUCCUUGACGAUGUCCACGAACUCCUCGGCCAGGGAGUCUCUCUGCAGCUCGUCAGCGCCACCGUAGGCGACCCCAAUAAUGGUAACAGAGGGAUUGUGGGGGAGCCAGCGUACUUGGAGAGCUACAUCACGUCGCUGCCGUCCAUAGCCGCCGGGGAGUCGACGUUUACGGUGACGUUCGACUGGAACGAGAACCAUGGAAUACCAGGGGCGGUGAUAGUAAAGAAUCAGCACAGUGCCCAGUUCUUCCUCAAGACGGUGACGCUGGAGAACUUCCUCGGCAAAGGCCGUAUUCACUUUGUUUGCGACUCUUGGGUCUACCCGGUGGACAAGUACAAAUACAACCGGAUCUUCUUCGCCAAUAAUACAUACCUCCCUGGAGACACACCAUCGCCUCUGCGACCUUACAGAGAAGAUGAGCUCCGCCAUCUUAGAGGGGAAGGCGAGACUGAGACACUGCAGGAAUGGGACCGGGUUUAUAACUACGCAUACUACAAUGAUCUUGGAAACCCAGAUGCCGGUCCAGAGAUGGCACGCCCGGUUCUUGGAGGGUCAGCAGAGUAUCCUUACCCUCGCAGGGGAAGAACCAACCGGCCACCCACCAAGACUGAUCCCAAUUCUGAAAGCAGAUUGAUCCUCGGCCUUGAUAUCUAUGUCCCCCGUGAUGAGCGUUUCGGACAUGUUAAGAUGUCUGACUUCCUUAUCUACUCCAUCAAGGCACUGAUCCAGUCACUGAAACCAAUCCUUGAUGCUAUUUUGGCCCAGACCAGGAAUGAGUUCGACUCUUUUGAAGAAGUUUUUAGACUCUACGAAGGGGGUCUCCCAGUGCCCAAUGUUCCCCUGCUUGAUGAGCUCAGAGAAAGAAUCCCUUUUGAGAUGGUCAAGGAAAUGCUCCGCACCGAAGGCAACCAGCGCCUACUUAAGUUCCCCCUUCCCCAUGUCAACCGAGUCGACAAAUAUGCAUGGCAAAGCGACGAAGAAUUUGCUCGAGAAAUGCUGGCAGGAGUGAACCCUCUUAUGAUUAGUCGUCUCCAAGUGUUCCCUCCAACCAGCAAGCUUGAUCCUAACAAAUAUGGCAACCAAACCAGCUCCAUAACAGCAGCUCACAUUCAGAAGAAUUUGGACGGUUUGACAGUAGAUCAGGCACUGGAGAGCAACAGGCUAUUCAUCUUGGAUCACCAUGACACUUUGAUGCCUUACAUAAAUCGCAUAAAUUCCAACACAUCCAAUAAGGCAUAUGCCACUCGAACUCUGCUAUUCCUAAAAGAGGAUCAGACUCUGAAACCAGUAGCAAUUGAGCUCAGCUUGCCACAUCCGGAUGGAGAGCAACAUGGCAUCAUAAGCAGGGUCUUCACGCCAGCUGAUAAAGGGCUUGAGGGAUCCAUUUGGCAGCUUGCAAAGGCUUAUGUCUGCGUUAACGACUCGGCCUACCAUGAACUUAUUAGCCACUGGCUGAACACGCACGCAAUUAUGGAACCAUUUGUGCUCGCAACGAACCGUCACCUCAGUGUUGUCCAUCCGAUCUACAAGCUGCUAAGCCCCCACUACCGUGACACGAUGAACAUAAACGCCCUCGCUCGGCAGGCCCUCAUCAAUGCUGGUGGCAUCAUUGAAUCGAUCGUCUUCCCAGGGAAAUAUGCCAUGGAGAUGUCCGCCGUAAUCUACAAGAGCUGGAAUUUCACCGAGCAGGCCCUCCCAGCGGAUCUUCUCAAGAGAGGAGUUGCGGUUGAAGAUCCAACCAGCCCGAACAAGAUCCGGCUGCUGAUCCGGGACUACCCUUAUGCCGUAGAUGGGCUCGCUGUGUGGUCGGCGAUCGAGGCGUGGGUUAACGAAUACUGUUCCAUCUACUACCCGAGCGACACAGUGGUCCGGACCGAUGCCGAGCUGCAGGCCUGGUGGAAGGAGAUCCGUGAGGUCGGCCAUGGUGACAAGAAGGAUGAACCAUGGUGGCCGAAGAUGCAGACCGUCGGUGAGCUGAUCAGCACCUGUACCACCAUCAUCUGGGUGGCCUCCGCCCUCCACACGGCCGUCAAUUUUGGGCAGUACCCCUACUUCGGGUACAUUCCCAACCGUCCCAUGUUGAGCCGGAGGUUCAUGCCUGAACCGGGUUCGGCUGAGUAUGAGAUGCUGAAGACCGAACCUGAGAAGGCAUUUAUGAGGUGCACCAUGAGCCAGGUCCAGACGAUCAUGGGCGUGGGGAUUUUGGAGAUACUGUCAUCCCACGCAUCGGACGAGGUGUAUUUGGGCCAGAGGGACACACCCGAAUGGACCAAGGAUCAGAAGACGUUGGAGGCGUUCCACCGGUUCGGGGAGCGGCUCAAGAAGAUCGAGGCCAAGAUCCUGGCCAUGAACGAGGACCCGAGUCUGAAAAACCGGAAGGGGCCAGUCAUGAUGCCCUACACCUUGUUGUUCCCAACUGGUGAAAAGGGUAUCACUGCCAAGGGGAUUCCUAAUAGCAUUUCUAUCUGAGAAAGUUUUCACCAGAGGUGAUCUAAGAGUCAGCAGCAAAUAAGGUCCAUCUAGUGUCCAUAAAGGUUGUAGACUAUAUGGUACCGGGUGGAUGCGUGGUGUGAAAUAAUGUACGAAGGAUUGUGCACCGAGGAGAUGGUUGGGUUGUUGCUUGGUUUGUAUCUGGUCCCGGUCGACUUUUGCAAGUUGUGUAGCCCAAAGUGGCUUAUGGUCUUAAGCAUCCAAAAUAAUAAAAAAAUAAAAUAAAAAGAGCUUUACAAGUGUGAUAGCAA